UAGAAAAACGGCUCGUGUAAAUUGUUUACAAAAAGUAUUUAGCGUACAGAGUUCUGCCUCGGAUAUUAAAAAUAAAUAAAUAAAUAUAUCAUUAAUAUAGAUAUUUAUAUAAAACUAUUAUAUUAAUGGAUAACGAAGCUGAUUUGUUUUAUCGACAGAUACCUAAAGUGGAGCUCCAUGCACAUCUUAACGGCUCUGUCAGCUUUGCGACGAUGGAGAAACUCAUCGCCAGGAAGCCACAUCUGAACAUCGAGUCCAGCAGGACGGCCAUCCACAAUGGACAGCGCCGCACGCUGGCUGAAUGCUUCCAGGUUUUUAAACUGAUUCAUCAACUUGUUGAUUCCGAUGAAGACAUUUUGAUGGUUGCCAAAGCUGUCAUUGAAGAGUUUGCUGCAGAUGGGGUGAAGUACUUGGAACUGCGCAGCACUCCACGUGAAGAACCCAAAACAGGUCUGUGUAAAAGAAGAUACAUCGAGACAGUCCUUGAAGCCAUCCGUCAGUGUAAGCAAGAAGAAGUGGACAUAGAUGUCAGGUUUCUCGUGGCCGUGGACCGCAGGAAUGGCCCAGAGGUUGCUAUGGAGACGGUGAAACUAGCCGAGGACUUCAUGUUGUCCAGUGAUGGUGUGGUGGUGGGACUGGACUUGAGCGGUGACCCCACAGUAGGGCAUGGGAAAGACCUUCUUCCUGCUCUUCAGAGGGCGAGGAACUGUGGGCUCAAGCUGGCACUGCAUAUGUCAGAGAUUCCUUCUCAGAAGGAAGAAUCGGAGCUGCUGUUGCAUUUGCCUCCAGACAGAAUUGGCCAUGGAACAUUUUUACACCCUGAUGCAGGAGGUUCAGAUAGCCUUGUGGAUAAAGUUUGUAAGCUUAACAUCCCUUUAGAGUUGUGCCUAACCUCGAAUGUCAAAGGUCAGACAGUGCCUUCAUAUGACAAGCAUCAUUUCCAGUACUGGUAUGAGCGCCAGCACCCAUGUGUGCUCUGUACGGAUGAUAAGGGGGUGUUUUGCACCGAUCUCUCUCAGGAGUACCAAUUAACCGCGUCUACCUUCGGCCUCAGUCAGGAGGCUGUGUGGUGUCUUUCCCAGCAGGCAAUUCAGUGCAGUUUUGCCCAAGAGGCUCUAAAGCAGAGGCUAGAGAAAAGGUGGGCUGAGCUAAGACCUAGCAUCCUUCUCCCAUGAGGGUGAUUCUUAGUAUCAGUCUGUUGUCUCAUUUUAGUUUUUUUUUUUUUAGUUUUUUUUUUAAGCUUGUUUUUAAUUCAUGAUGCUCGAGACAUCAGCAGUUCAAUCCAAGAUGACAUUUAUUGCUUCAGUGAUGAGGUUCCUGCCCAAAUACCCAGGAUGUUCUAAUUAAUUUAUAUCAACUCUGAUUUUCAGUGUUAUCCCAAUGAAAAUGUUCACUUUGUACUGUACCACUGAAUAAUAGACCGUAUUGUUUUAAGCCCUUUGCUGACUCUCUCUUUCUUGCUCUCACCCACACAAACACCUGCUAUCUCUGUUAUCAUAGCAAUGUAAUUACCUGCAAAAUACAGAAGACUUUUUGUAUUAAAUUACUUA